AUGAAUGCUCACCGUUUCGUGUCGCGAUUGGAGAAGGAUACAGUCUCCGUUGGGGGUUUGGCUUGUGACCUGCAUACGGGCUUGCUGCCUGCUGCUCUCCUUGGAGCAGCUGGUAUUCUCAUGUGGAAUAGUCUUAUUUGCUUGCAGAGGCCGAUACAGGGCGCGAAACGCACACGCUGUAUUGACACGUUGUUAUUGGCGAUUUCCUGCGAAAUGUUGGAAAGUGGGGCGCCUGUUGUGUUGCAGCAAAAGGACACAGAAUGCUUCCCAGCUGUGCUUCGCGGCCUGCAUGCUGCCUUCCCAUGGAACCUACCGGGAGCGUACUAUCCAUUGGGAGCAGGCCGUUUGGGUACUGCGAGGUGUGGGAAUUGGAGCCGUGUAGGGAGGCAUAUGCCUAAGUUGUGGCUGAAUGCGGAACUCCGUCUACUGAGGAAGAACAUAAUCGAAGUGUGUAGCAGUAGCACUACUCUGAAGGCCUUGCUGUUUUGUCUCAAGCCUAGCGACUUGGAAAUGCACGACUGUGAAGGUGGGCACGCGCAGAUCGAACCAGCUGCCACUGUCGACUGUCUGCAUGCUGCCUUGUUUUUUCGUGUGUACAGGCGGUAA